AUGAAUCCAAAACAGAAGGAAGUAUUACAGACUCAUCGAAACUUUGUUAUAAAAAAUAUUAUAUGGAAUGAUCAGUUAGCUGAAUUAUUAAAAAGUCAAGGUCUAGUUACAGAUAGUAUUCUUACUGAUAUAAACAAACAAGAGAGUCGAGAUGAGAAGGUCAAAGUCUUACUAGAAAGACUAGUAUUAAAGGCUGGUCAGGCAUACCAUAAGUUCUGUAAUGUCUUACAAGUUACCGGUCAUUAUUUCCUGGCAGAUUUCUUACGAGAUGAAGAAACAAACGAGACGGCCAAUGUCAAAGAUUUAGUUAAGAGGUUACCAUUUCUUGGUAAAGUUCUAAAAGAUAAUGAAAGAAAACUGGUGGAAUCGUAUGUUAUUGAAAAGAUUCAGUCAGAAACACUAAAGUACAUCUGGAAGAAUGAAGCCAGAGAAAAAGAUAAAGCUUUAGAUGCUAAAUUGAAACAACUAGAAACCGAAGUUUUGAUGAAAGAAAAAAGUAAAGAUGCGGACUCGAAAAUUAAUGAGCUGAAAGGCACUCUAAUGACAGCUAGUGAGGAAUGUGUUGUCUUAAAAGCUCAAAUCAAUGCGCUGAAAGCUGAAAUUCCAGCAAUACGAAAAGAACAUCAAGAGGAUUUGAACAAGCAAGUGAAAUUCAAUAUGGCUAAUGAAAAUUCGCUGAAAAAAGUAACGGAAAAAUUCGAACACGCUGACAAAGCUAUUACCAGAAUUCGAUUAAUGAUCAGGGAAGCUGUUACACCUCGAGAUAAUCGGACAGAAAAACCUACGUCCAUUCCUAAAGACAAUUUAACCUACUUGAUGGACGAUCUAGAGUUCCUGAUUUCUGAGUUCCGUCAACUGAUGGAAACCGAGUCUAAAUAUGAAGAAUUGAUCAAGGAACGUGAUUGGGUUCUGGUACAACUGGGAUUUAAUCAAACAGAAUCACCAACGCCGAGCCUCACUCAAGCAUUUAAAUCUUUCAUCACCCAAAACCAAGCACAAAUCGACGACCUCAAAACUGAAAUUGACAAAUACGACGAGAUGUUGCGAACUCAAACCGACAAGAUGUCCUUUAUUGAGAAUGCAAAGAACGACGAUGAGCGUAAAGUGACAAACAGUACCGCUGUCUGGCAGGCAGCCAUUAUGUCUGUCAUGAGGAGACAACUCCAAGAUGUUAAAGUCAGUAACCGGAAGAAGGACUCGAAUAUCCUGUUCCUUGAAGAGGAUAUAAAGAAGUUAAAAGAUAAGAUAGCCAAGCUGGAGAACACGUUAGAAGAACAGAAAGAAAAUAAUGUUACCAGAACCAAUGUUAUCACCAGUGAAGAUUGGAGUAAGCUUCGUGGAUCACCAUCACGAGAUCAGGUGGAUACGAACUUCCUCAAAUCCAUUGAUAGCGUGAACGCCAUGAACGGUGUCGACGUAUCGCUCAGUGAUUCUUCAGUGGGUUCUAAACCAGAGAGACAGAAACUCAAUGCAUUACCUCCUUUAAAAUACCCUACCUUUAAAAUGAAUCCAGGUUCCUCGGUGGCGCGUAUAUUAAAGGUGCGACCACAAGCUUCUAUGCCUAGGAAAUACGAAUCUCGGCCAAUUGGCGGGGUUCCUGAAGGUCUCCAUGCUGCUCAACUACAUCUAGAAAGUCGACGAGGUAAUCAAAAUAUACAUGGAAAUGGUUUAAGUGAAUUAAAAAGUUUCGCAAGAGAUAGAUAA